CUGUCAGUUAGUGACGUUGACGUGUCCUAUGUUUCUGCUUGUUUACAUCUCUGGGGAAAUCUUGACAACUACGGAAUUUUAAAAUUAGAGACCCUAAUCAUUUAUUUUAAUAAAUGUCAUGUAGAUGAUACUAAAAAAAUGUUUGAACAGUUAUUGAAAUUUUUAUUUCUAAUUAUGGGGUUCCAGUUUUUCAUAAACCCGCUUGUCGAUGCCGUUCCGCUAAGCAAUUCUGCGCUUUAUAAAGAUUCAGACCCUAUCGUCCAAAUGAAUAUUGCUGACUUUAAAUCAACCAUUAUGGCCACAAGCAAUGCCUGGCUCAUAGAAUUUUAUAGUAGCUGGUGUGGACACUGUAUAGAUUUUGCCCCAGCCUUUAUUCAGCUAGCCAAUGAUGUAAAAGGCUGGGGGAAAGUGAUUAAGGUAGGGGCAGUGGACUGUGCCAAGGAUGAAAAUAUUCCUUUGUGUAGAGACUUUGAAAUUAUGGGGUAUCCCACUCUAAAAUUUUUCCCUGCAUUUACCGAUGCUACUCAAUUGGGUAUAGCAAGAACAGGUGGUAAAAAAGUAGAAGCUAUUCGAUUCAGCAUGAUUGACUUUAUUGAACAACAAUUUAUGGAGAAAAAAGCACCUCCUCAUUGGCCCCUACUAGGCCCACUCCAAAACGAAACGCUCGAUGAUUUGUGGAGUCACUACAACAACAAUGAAAUUAUUCUUGUCUUUGAAGCGGUGAACAAUAGCAGUUACUGGUCAAGAGAAGCAAUCAUGGAUGCUCAUCAGUAUGCUCCAUAUUAUCCGCCCAUUCGCCGAGUGAAUAUGACUCGUCAAGACUUGAUCACCAAGUACAACGUCCAAAGCCUACCAGCUUUUGUGUUUCUGGAACGUUCGGGUAAAUCUGAAGUCUACCAGAUCCAGCCCGACCGAGAAUAUAUGAAGAAGAUUAUGCGAAAAUUUUUUGAUUCUGAGAAUGAAGGAGCCUUUGUUAUUCCGAAGUCAACACUUACCACUCGGAAACCGCAUGUCGUACAUGAAGAUGUAAAAGCUGCCAAAGAUCAAGUUUACAUGGCUGAUUUAGAAGGGGCGCUGCUUUACGCAUUUGGACACGAAGUCAGUAUUCAUAAGCUUAUUGCUGGCAAAGAGCUUACUGCACUUAAAAAGCUUAUCGACGUACUUGAUCGGUACUUUCCUGGUCGUGCUGGAAUGAAAGAAACCAUUCACACUCUUGGACGAAACCUGGACAACUAUAAGAAACAAAUACGCGGAGAAGAAUUUGCCGAACUAUGGCACAACGCUCUUAACGGUAGAGAAACACAUCAAGAAUGGGUCGGAUGUCGAGGAAGUCGGCCGAACUUUCGAGGAUAUCCAUGUGGUUUAUGGACCACUUUUCAUACUCUGACUGUCAGCUAUGCGUUGAAGCAUCCGGGUAAUACUGAAUUUGACCCAACUCUUGUACUGCAAGCGAUGAAAGGUUUCAUCAAAUACUUCUUUGGCUGUGCCCAUUGUUCUAAUCAUUUCAUCGACAUGGCUGAGGACGAACUAAAUCCAAUUGAAUCAGUAAAAUCACCGAGGCAAGCUGUCCUUUGGUUGUGGGCGGCCCAUAACAAGGUUAACCGAAGAAUCGCCAGCGAUGCUAGUGAAGACCCUAAAGCACCCAAAAUUCAAUUUCCUGCGUCCCAUAACUGCCCCGAAUGUCGAGUAGACGGUGUUGAGAGGGAAGAGGCUGUCUAUGACUACCUGGUCAAGCUCUAUAGUUCCGAAAACAUCAGUUCUACUGGGCUACUUGUACAAAUAAAUCCCGCAAGGUCGGGUAGCUCUAGGAUCCAGUCUAUCCCUUUGGGCUCCCUAACAUUCACCAGUUACGACAUAAGCCUUUGCGCCGCCAUUUAUCUGGUCUCUUCGCUUAUUUUAAUGCUUGUCCUCUGUCGUAUACUGGUCAAAAGACGUCGCUUCGUUCGUAAACAGGUUUACGAUGUCUGCGGCAAGCUCAUGUGAGUAAUCUUCGUAAAAGUUUUAUAUCCUGACCCAUAAAAGCGAUUGUCAAUUUUAUUGAUAGUGGUAAUCAAUACAAUGUGUGCCCCGUGA